AUGCUAUCCGAAGUCUUGCAGCAAUGGCUACACAAGAUAUCCAAUGGACUCGAACCCUAUCGAGAAUCCAAUGUUGUCAAUGUGUCUCUCUUUUUGUUUGGCGCAUAUGUAGCUUGGAGUGUUUGGACAUUCACUAUAUUGCCAAAACUUCAACCUGAUCGACCUAGAGUCUUGCCAUAUUGGAUCCCGUGCCAUGCCAUUUCUUUCUUCAAUGAUGCAGAUGGAAUGUUUUCUUAUGGGAGAAACUACUUCAAGAACACGCGCGAGCCAUUCGCCAUUAUUGCAGCAGGCGAGACCCUCUAUAUUAUUACUUGCGUUUCUGCUGUAUCGGAAGUUUACAGAAACAUCGAACAAUUGACUUUCGAUGACUACAUCACAGACAUGAUGAUAUCCUUCGGUGCCUCAUCCAAAGCUAUCAAAACGAUGUGGAAUCCUCCAUCCGCCACCCUCAAAAGACCGGAAGGGGCAGGCCCCGGUAAGCAGGCACUUGCGCAUGUCGCAGAAACCCUCAUACGUCAGCAACUCCAACCAGGCAAGAACCUUGAUAGACUUCAAGACAUUUUCUUAAACAGUGUUCAUAGAUCUAUGACCUGGGAGCAUAUGGCUUCGAAGGCGGUCUUGUCCUCACAGCAGAAUAUGAGGACAGUGUCACUUCUUGAGUGGACAAGAGAGGCAUUACUCGAAGGCGCCACGGAGGCUUUCUUUGGCCCUACACUUUUGGAAAUCGAGCCGAAGCUUUUUGAGAGUUUCUUUACCUUCGACGACCUAAGCUGGAAACUUACAUAUCGAAUCCCCUCCCCUUGGUCUAAUGAUAUGAAAGCAGCUAAAGCAACCGCUCAGAACGCCUUGACCAGGUAUUUUCAGAUGCCAAAGAAGCAGCGCCCUGGUGCUUGCUGGCUAGUUGAAACUCUUGAGACUGAGAUGAGAGCGGUAGAUAUCGAACCGGUUGAUAUUGCAGCUUAUCUCAUGAUGAUUUAUUGGGUAAUCAACGCAAACGCCUGGAAAGUUUCCUUUUGGAUGCUUGCUUACCUCUUACAUAACCCCCAUCUUCUUACCACCAUCCGUGACGAAAUUUCUCCGAUUCUAACCGCUAUACAAUCGCCGAAUGAACUUGCGUCGUCCUUCAACUCCACCCAGACUCCUAGGUUCCUCGCCCUGUACCACGAAGUCCUUCGUCUCGUCACGUCUUCCGUCUCCGUCCGCAACAUCGCUACCCCUGCAUAUGUUGGCGGUAAACAGCUGCAGCCAGGUGGACGGGUAAUAAUUCCCUACCGUCAACUUCUGCUAAAUGAUGAAGUGUUCGGCGGCGAUGCGGAAGCUUUUAACCCCGAACGCUUCCUCCGCGACGGAUCACUGAGUAACAAUCCAAGUUAUAGACCUUAUGGUGGAGGAACCACAUAUUGUCCAGGGAGAUUUCUCGCAAAAGCUGAGGUUUUAACAUGUGUGGCAAUCGCAACAUGCAAAUAUGAUAUGGAGAUCUCUCAUGGAUCUAGAAUCUUUCCUCGUUUGGAAGUUAAGAAACCUUGUUUGGGCAUAAUGGGGCCAGUGGAAGGUGACGACGUUGUGGUCAAUAUUCGUCGUAUGGCUCAAUAG